UGACCGCCGGGGCCGGUGACCGCCGAGGCCGGUCGGUGGAGACUGGGGCUGGCAACAACAAAGGUUUUGUCACUAUGGUUUCAAAAAGAAAAUUAGCCAAAACUGAUGUUCCUGGAGAGAAUUCAAAGAGCGACUUGCCAAAAACGAAGAAGUCACGGAUCUCUGAUAAGGAAAAGGCCUCUGCCCGAGAUGGAGUAGAGAAUGAUGGAAUCUUUGAAGAGCUCCUUAAAACAUCCGGAAUCAUACUGAAAACUGGGGAGGGACAGAAUGAAAUAGCUGUAGAUCAGACGGCUUUCCAAAAGAAGCUCACCCUUUCCCUGAAGAAGCAUCCUACCUACCCACACGUGGUGCAGGAGUUUAUCAGUGGCUUGGAAUUGCAUAUUAAGGACCGAAACCAAUUCAAGAACUGCCUCUUGCCAUGCGCUCCCACACGGAACGAGGGGUCAAGGACUCUGGUGCACUCAUAUUGUGAAAGCCUUAUUAAGCUACUUCUUGGAAUUGAGAUCUUACAGCCUGCUGUUGUAACGCUACUGUUGGAAAAGAUCCCCGAGUUCUUCUUUGAUGUUGUGGGCACCUUUGGAACGAAUUAUCCCCGGCUCAUUGUCAAUCAGUUUAAGUGGCUUGACAAGCUUGUUGACAGCCAGGAUCUCGUUAAGAAGCUAAUGCAGAUGCUUAGCAUCUCUCCUGUACCAAUUCAGCAUGACAUUAUCACCAGUUUACCUGAGAUCCUGGAGGAUUCCCAGCAAACCGAGAUCGCCAGAGAGCUCAGCUGCUUACUGAAACAGGGCAGACGGCUAACAGUUCCAAUCCUGGAUGCCCUUUCCCGUUUGGAUCUUGAUGCAGGACUUCUGGCUGAGGUGCGUCAGUCUGCCAUGACAAUUGUACCUUCUGUAAAGCUGGAAGAUUUACCUGUUGUAGUCAGAUUCAUCCUCCAUAAUGUCAAGGCUGCAGAUGCAGCAGAGGUGAUUUCUGAUCUUCGUAAGAACUUGGAUCUGUCAUCGUGCAUUCUGCCGCUGCAGAUCCUUGGUUCCCAGAAGAAGCUUAAAAGCCAAGUUCCAGCCAGUUCUUCCAUGAGCCAAGUAGCCACGAGCCAGAAUUGUGUGAAGCUCCUUUUUGAUGCAAUCAAAUUAGCUGUGAGAUUUCAGAAAGAUGUCUCUGAAGCUUGGGUUAAGGCUAUUGAGAACAACAUGUCUGUAUCUGACCAUAAGGUUCUAGAUCUGAUAGUUCUGCUCCUAAUUCACUCUACAAACACCAAGAACAGGAAGCAAACUGAGAAAGUUUUGAGGAGCAAAAUUCGACUUGGUUGUGUGCCGGAACAGCUGAUGCAGAAGGCCUUCCAGAAUCAUUCUCUGGUCAUCAAAGACUUCUUCCCUUCGAUCCUAGCCCUUGCCCAGAUGUUCCUGCCCUCGACGCACCCCGCCAUGGUUUCCUUUGGCAGCUGCAUGUACAAACAAGCAUUUGCAGCCUUUGACUCUUACUGUCAGCAGGAAGUGGUGAGUGCUUUGGUGACCCACGUGUGCAGUGGAAAUGAGGCAGAAGUGGAUGUCUCUCUGGACGUGCUCACGGAUUUGGUGGUUCUGCAUCCGUCCCUACUGAUGCGAUAUGCCACCUUUGUGAAGACCAUUUUAGACUCUACACAAAAACUGAAUCCAUGCCAAAUCCGUAAGCUUUUCUACAUUCUCAGCAUGCUAGCAUUCAGCCAGAGGCAAGAAGGGAGCUACAUUCAGGAUGACAUGCACAUGGUGAUCAGGAAAUGGCUCUCCAGCACUGUUCCUAACCAUAAACAAAUGGGGAUUAUUGGUGCCGUUACCAUGAUAGGCAGCAUGGCAUUAAAAAGAAACGAAGGAGAUGGUUCACUGGAGAGAUCAGAGCUGAACAGUGAGCGCGACGGGCAGCUUUCUACAUUGUUGGACCUUGUGGGUUUCUGCUGUGAGCAAACACCAGAGGCCUUGGCUUUGUACUAUGAUGAAUUUGCCAAUUUGAUUGAGAAGCAGAAGGGCAAUUUGGACCUGCAGCUCCUGGACCAGUUUGGAAAGAGUUUGGUGGAGGACUUUCCCAGUGACUUUGUGGUAGAUCUCAGCCCCACAGUGGAUGGUACGUUCUUGUUCCCAUUGAAGUCUUUGUAUAAUCUGGAUGAAGAUGAAAGUCAGGGAGCAAUUGCUAUUAACCUCUUACCACUGGUGGCACAGAGUGAGCUCGGCAGGGUCAACGACGGAGUGGGUAACCCAAGUAAAAGGAUAGUAUCACCAAUAUGUUUGUCACCCUCUUUCCGACUGCUGAGACUCUACACUGGAGAGCAAAACAAUGGGAGCCUGGAGGAGAUCGAUGCCUUGUUAGGUUGUCCCCUCUAUCUGACUGACCUGGAGGUUGAAGGGAAGCUGGAUUCUCUCUCCAAGCAGGAAAGGGAAAUUCUGUGCUCGCUUCUGUUCCAUGCACUCAACUGGUUCCGUGAGGUGGUAAAUGCCUUCUGCCAGCAACAGGAUGCUGAGAUGAAGGGGAAAGUUUUGACUCGUCUACAGAACAUCACAGAGUUGCAGAACGUGCUUGGCAAAUGCUUAGCAGCAACUCCUGGCUAUGUCCCGCCACCAGCUACUUUUGAUUCUGAAGCCCUGGAGGCAGUUCCAUCCAUCAGUGCUGUUGGUCCGGUGAAGAAAAAGAAUGGAAGGAAAAAAAAGUCUGAUGGCAGCAAAACUUGCUUCGCAGACCGCUCCCAAGUGGAUGAAUGUUCUGAGGGAAACCAGCCUGAUACUGAGCUUUCCGAGCUGGAGAAGACUGCUGGUGAAAGAGAGUCAGGAAACCCUGUGGCCCAGCUGCACAACUACCGCCAAUAUUUCCGCGAGUUAGACCUCGAGGUCUUCAAUGUGUUGCACUGUGGGCUGCUGACAAAGUCUGUCUUGGACACSGAGAUGCAUACGGAGGCUAGAGAAGUUGUGCAGCUGGGGCCUGAUGAACUUUUAUUCCUUCUGGAUGACCUGUGCUGGAAACUGGAACACAUGCUGACCCCUAGCCCCACGAGGCGAAUGCCCUUCUCAAAGGAGAGAGGCUACAGGGAUAUUGGCUUUUCCCACCUGUGUCAGAAAUCUCCUAAGGAAGUUGCUACAUAUGUGGUCAAACUACUCAAACCGCUGUGCAAUCACAUGGAGAACAUGCACAAUUACUUCCAGGCAAUUGCUACAGAAAAUCAUGGUAUAGUAGAUGGACCAGGAGUGAACAUUCAAGAGUACCAGCUGAUGUCCUCUUGUUACCAACAAUUGCUGCUAACUUUUCGCUACCUAUUUGCUUGGAAUGGGUUCUCUCAGAAUGAAAAUUCUGACUUGCUAAGGUCAGCCCUCCAGGUACUUGCAGACAGGCUAAAGCCAGGAGAAACAGAAUUUCUUCCUCUUGAGGAGCUGAUAAGUGAGAGCUUCCAGUACCUAGUGAACUUCCAGCAGAGCAUUUCCAGCUUUUCGAGUGCGUUCACCCUUGCUCAGCUCCUGAUUGCCAUUGCUGAGAAGCCAAUGACCAGUUGGAAGAGAGAGAAAAUAGCUUCACUAGCUAAGCAGUUCCUCUGCCAGUCGUGGGUGAAUCCCACCGGAGAGCGAGAGAAGGGCAGCCAGUUCAACAGCGCGCUGUAUACUCUGCUCUGUGUCUACCUGGAGCACUCGGAUAACAUCUUGAAAGCCAUAGAGGAAAUCUCCAGUGUUGGUGUUCCUGAACUUAUCAACUCUGCCAAAGAUGGAUGUUCUUCUACUUAUCCCACCCUAAGCAGACAGACCUUCCCGGUUUUCUUCAGAGUGAUGAUGGCUCAGCUAGAGAAUUCAGUGAAAAGUAUCCCAGCUGGGAAGCCAUUGGACUCGAGUCAGGUGCAACUGGAGAAACUGUUGCAGUGGAACAUUGCUGUGCGAAAUUUCCAUAUCCUCGUCAACUUGGUCAAGGUAUUUGACAGCAGACCUGUGCUCAGCAUCUGUCUGAAGUAUGGCCGUCUCUUUGUGGAAGUGUUUCUGAAACUUGCCAUGCCUCUCCUGGACUACAGCUUUAAAAAGCACAAGGAUGAUGUGCAGAGUUUGCUGAAAACCUUGCAGCUGAGUACCAGACAGCUUCAUCACAUGUGCGGCCACUCCAAAAUUCGACAAGAUAUUGGUCUGACCAACCACGUGCCCUUGAUGAAGAAGUCGCUGGAACAGUUUGUGUAUCGAGUCAAAGCAAUGCUGGCAUUCAACCACUGCCAGGAAGCCUUUUGGAUGGGCAUCCUUAAAAAUCGCGAUCUUCAGGGGGAAGAAAUUUUGUCCCAGGCUUCGGAGGAAAGAGAUGAUUCCAAGGAGGAGGAAGACUCCACUGAAAGCACGGCUGAGGAGGCGAGCGGCGCGGCGAGCGAGAGCGGCGCAGAGAGCAGCGACGAGGGCGGCGCCGCCUGA